GCUUCCGCUGCGCCACUCUGAUUGUUUAAUUUAUUUUGUAUCAAAACAUAUAUAAUGUAAUUUUCAGACAAAGUUCAGUUCCGAUCUUGAUUUUUUUUCUUCGGCUCUGUCCCUCUUUCCCUUCCCUGCACCAUCACCAUAAAAAAAUUGUUAGGAAAACAAUUCAAAACUUUGAUCAAAACCCACAAAAGAUAUCAAUCAAGAAGCAUUCUUUAAUAAAAAAAAGGGAAUGAGAAGGAGACCUGGUAUUGGUGGUUUACAAACAGCAGCUGCUGCAAGGGUAUUGAAGGAUCAAUAUCGGAUACUUGGAGAAAAUGUAGCAAGGCUAAAAACUGAUCUUAUGAAAGAACAGCUUGCCACUUUUCGUUCUCAGCUUGAAGAAUUUGCCCGCAAACACAAGACUGCUAUUCGAAAGAACCCUAAUUCCACGAGAUGUGUGCUCAAGUUGGAGUUGGCAUCGAAUACGGGUUUUUGGGCAGAGCUGUUCCAGAUUGGCGAUUGGUGACUUCUAUUAUGAACUUGAUGUGAGUUUUUGCCACCACUUCUUAAUCAUACGUCGUCCAGUUUCUCAUCUACCUCCAUUCUCACUUCUCAGACAAUUGGGUACUCGGGGCUCUUAAAUCCUUACUGGUAUAUCAAUGCAAUAAGGACUUGCUAUGAUUGACGAUGGCCAUGGAGAUGGCAAACGCCGCUACUGGUUCCGCUGUGUAUCUUCCAUCUCCUCUUCAAUGGGUUCUAGAUAUUUAAUGCGUGGUUCUUUUUCCCGUGUUUGUUUCCCUGGAAGUGCAAGGGGAAGAUUCAAAUACAAUUUUGACAGAAAAUGUUCUAUGCUGUGCCACUUGCCUUCCUCUCUCUCAGCCAAAAGCAUUUAACAAGACCCUUUUCUGCUAGAGAUGGAUGGGAUUGACUGCUUCUGGUAAAUCUUUCAUAGCUCUACUUUCAUGCAAUGUGCAGAGGAAUGCUCGAUGAGCCGGCUUUGCAUUCUUUUCUCUAUGCUUUGCACAAGUUAUGUGUGAUUAUGCUCGUAUUUAAUUAAAUAGCAAAAAACAAGAGAUGAAUGAGAUUGAUAAAUUAUGUGU